AUGUUCAGCCGUGGCUCCGGAGACCCUAGCAUUGCGACCGCGAAGCAGAGUUUGAUGACUGCUGAGGCUGCGGAGAGGGACGCUGACCGUGCGCUCUUUGUUGCCAAGAACGCUGUGAGGGAGGCGCGGGAGCAUGUUCAUCGUUUGGAGCGUGAGGCUGCUGAGGAGGCGAGACUUGCGAAGAUCAAGCAGGGCGAGGCCAAGGCUCUCGGCAAGAAGGGCAAGCUGCUCGGAAGACACGACCAUGUCUAG